AUGGCGCAAGGCAUGAAGACGGAUUCGUGCACUGGGUGGACUUCUGAUCCACAUAAAGGCCCUGAAGCUGCCCUCAACCGCAUCGCUGGCGCUGGGUUCCGGCUCUCGCUGCUCCUCAAUGCCGCCGCUUGUCAGCUUGCACAAUCUAGAAUCGAGAUACACAGCAUCGCCAAGGGCAUUUCGCUCUUUGCGUUGAGCCUGAAACAUCUCGGGCAGGACCUGGAGAAGCCAAACCUGAAAUGCUCCCCCACAGCCACGGAGAAAGCCUGGGAAAUCGCUAGCCAGGGACAGAUGGUUUUUGUUGAGAUCGAGCAUAUGUUGGAUAAGCUGCAAGGCACCGAUACCAACGAGGACCUGAGCUGGAUUCCCAUGCAGGAGAGGUUGAAGUGGUGCUUUCGAAAGCAACACGUCACUUACCUUUUAGCACAACUUGAAUCGCUCAAGCUCAGCUUGAUCGUGAUGACUCGGAUUCUGCAACUGGGCGCCUUGCUAAAAUCAAGCGAACGCAGCGCCGAGUCGACUGCGUCUGCACUGGUUCCAGACGAUAUUAUUGCACAAGAAAAGGCUGAGACCCAGAAUAUGAUCAUCGUCAGAUACUGGUCUUUGAAGCGUCUCGAUCGCCUAUGGGAUCUUGUGGAGCAAGAGGCCGUGGAUGCUGCGAACGACCCGACGAACCAGAAGAUUACCUCCAGUUAUUCCUCAAGUACGGCCUCGGCAUUGAGGCCCCUGGUGACUGCAACCAAAGGCUUGGAUCUCUCAAAACUGCCUGCGGUGACCUUUGGAGAUAGUGACACAGGCUUAACUCACCUGGAGCGAUCACCAAAGGACAUGGUACAUCUUUCAGAAGGUGCGAUGAAUCACCUGCUGCUGAUUUGGGUACCUUUGGAUCCUUCCAAGCUUCAAGGCACCCGAAACCCAUCCCCCGAUACCACCAAAUCAAGUCCACCACGUGCCUACGUCCUGUCUGACUGCGGAGACGACUCGGAUAAUUCAGAUUGGGACGGCCAUAGCUCCCACGGCUAUUUUCUGGAGGGUGCAACGGACGAUUGGCGCAAGCCUCAUUCACAGCAAGCCCGACAACAUGCAGCGAAGCUACGUCGGCAAUACUCCAGCUAUCAAGCACGGGUUGAGAGCGAACCCGAGGCCGAUGAAUCUCAACGGCGUCGACGAGCCCAUCCGAAGAGCCCGCGAAUAACCGAUUCAAGUGACGAAGGCGAGCAACGAUCCACCUCGCGUCCGCUACCAAAUAAUGUGACGUUCAACGGCAGCCGUGUUCAUUCCAACAGCGUUUCUUCCAGAUACCCACCCAGUCCCGUUUCGGACCGAGGACCUUCCGCCUAUCCCAGCGGUAGCGUCCCACCUCCAAACCAGUCUAUCCCCCGUUCACAAGGACCUCUGCCCGGCCAGCCUGCACCAACUCAUAUCCCGGGACCCCCUCCACAGCCCUACCGAUACCACGCGCCCCAAGAUUAUACCAGCACUCCACCACGAUCUAUUCCAAACAGUCAGCCCAAAGUACCAACAGCUGCAAUGCCCAUCCCUUCACCUCGCACCACACCACCGGGUCAAUUCGAUACUCCAUGGACCCGACAGCAGAGCUACAAUAACAAUCUCCUGCAGCCGCGGCCCCACCCCUCGGCGUACCCGCUCUCAUCGUCAUCCCCCGAGUCUAGCUUCAGCGUUCGGCCCUCGCCGCCUCGCUCCGCGCAACGAUCUCCGACUCGUUCGCACCGUCGAUCCUCCCGUGAAGAGGCUAAGGAACGACACAAGUCGCUGACACGCAGCGCCACUCGUGGGCUGGCGGGGAUCGGCGCUAUUGCAGGGUUCAUGGACGCGCUGGAAGCGUUUACGUUACUCUGA